AUGGAGCCUGACAACCACUUGGAAGAGUUUACUAUUAUAGCCAUUCCACAAGCCUGGGACCUGGAACCUGACAAACAACCCGAGUGUUGUAUCUACAGGGUUCCCCGAAAUCUCAGCAAUGUAAAUGAAGAUGCCUACACUCCAAAAGAAAUUUCAAUAGGCCAUUUCCAUCAUGGCAAAGAAAAUUUGAAGAAAAAGGAAGAACUGAAAUUGAGGUGUUUCCUGAACGCCUGUUAUCGAACUAAAAAGACCCAGGGAGAACUUGCAAGAUGCGUCCAAGAAAAAGAAUUAAAGAUCCGUCACUGUUAUGCAGAGAAAUUUCAUGAAAUCGUCAAGGAAGAUUUCGUGAAGAUGACUCUUUUGGAUUCUAUUUUUAUCAUUGAGCACUUGUGGUGGACUAAGCAAUACCCAGAAGAAAACAACAUCCACGAGAACGUCUCUGAUAUUUUACAUGACUUGAUACUACUGGAGAAUCAGGUUCCAUUUUCUGUCCUCGAGGAAUUAUAUAAUUUUGCCUACUUGGAUCUCCCUAAUCAUCAUAAUGAGGAUAAGUCCUUUCAUAAGCUUGCCCUUGAUUACUUUCUAUGA